AUGAAUCAGAUAUUCAGAUUGGCCUUUCAGACCAAGGUGUCACUGCUGUCCGACGCAUUUCCAUUCGUCGAGAUGGCAACAGGUUAUCUGCGCUGCCCAGUUCGCCCAUAUGUUCCAAAUCCGCUGCGUUGCUUUAAAUGCCAGCGAUUUGGACAUUCACAAACAUCGUGCCGAGGGAAAAGCAUAUGCGCACAGUGCGGAACUGAAGGUCACGAGAGUACUGAGUGUACCACUACUCCGUGCUGUGUGAAUUGCAAAGAUGCCCAUCCUGCCUACUCUCGAAAAUGCCUAGCAUGGCAGAGAGAGAAAGAAAUCCAGCGAGUAAAAACCAUUAACAACAUACCAUACCCGGAGGCUCGGCGAAUGGUUACUCAAAGCACAGUAGUGAAACAGAAAACAUUUGCUUCUGUGUUGAAAUCCACAAAGUCAUGUGGGGUUCAAACUGAUAUCUCUGUCUUCCCAAGCGAAUCUCUUACUCGCCAUGCGAAAUGUUUAAUACUCCCGUCUACACAAACACCAGAAAAGGAGAUCACAAAAGGAAAAACACCCUUGCCUAAAACAGGGGUAAUUACAAGAAUCCUGGGUUCUAAAAAGGCUAGUAAGAACCCACUAAACAAACAGAGAGUGAAAGCAGCUCUCUCUAAAUCUAAAAAAUCAGAGGCUCAGUCCAUGAGUGAGUUCUCUGAUAUCUCUGAUGAAGAGAAUAAUAUGGAGGUAACCCAACCAACGUCACCUCCAAAAGGAAAAUCAUCAGUUAAACUGAAGAGGGACACUUUUUCUAAGAAUGCUGCCUCAAACACAUAA